CUGCGUUGGCUUCUUUUCUUUUUCUAGCGUGUUUUGUCUGACACACACGUGUUUUACCGCUCUGAUUGUCCUGCAUACGUAAAAAAAUAUUCAAUUUUACACCGAUUUUAUUCAAUAAAUAUCACCAAAAUGGCUGAAGUUACCGAACAACAACCCGAGAAAGUUGAAGAAGUUGCAAAGGAAACUCCUGCAGCAGAAACCACCGAAACACCGGCCGAUAAUGGUUCCACUGACGCCACCGCUGCCGCCGCCGCUGCAACUGAGGAAAGUUCUUCGGAUUUGGAAAAGAAAAUCAUGAGACAAGUUGAAUAUUAUUUUGGUGAUGCCAAUUUGAAUCGCGAUAAAUUUUUGCAAGAUCAAAUUGCCAAGGACACAGACGGUUGGGUGCCAAUUUCCGUGUUGUUGACUUUCAAGCGUUUGGCUUCCUUGAGUUCCGAUGCCAACGUUAUUGCUGAAGCUUGUGCCAAGUCAGACGAGGGUUUGGUUGAGGUCAGUGAAGACAAGAGCAAAAUCAGACGCCAUCCUGAAAGACCAUUGCCCGAACAUAAUGAAGAGAGACGCAAGGACAUAAUGUCACGUACAGCAUAUGCCAAGGGUUUCCCAUUGGACUCGACAAUGGAUUUACUUUUGGACUACUUUGCCGCCUUCGAAAAGGUUGUACACAUCAACAUGCGCAAGUAUUUGGAUAAGCCCACCAAAACCUACAAGUUCAAGGGUAGUGUGUUUGUCACAUUCGAAAAGAAGGAACAGGCUGAGGAGUUCAUUGAAAAGGCACAGCCCAAAUACAAGGAUACCCAAUUGAUUGUCAAAUGGCAAGAAAAAUACAUUGAGGAAAAACGUGAGGAACAAAAGGCCAAAACCAACAAAAAGAAAGAGAAGAAGGAAAAGGAAGAAGAAUCCAAGAUUAAUUUGCCCAAGCGUUCUGUGUUCUUCUUCGAAGGUGCCAAAGAUGAUCUUUCACGUGAAGCUAUCAAGGAAGCCAUACAAAAGGUGUCCAGUGAUUGGGAAAUUGCCUAUGUUGAAUACAACAAGGGUGAUAAGUCUGGUCAUGUUAGAUUCCAUGAAGAAGAUUCUGCUGUUAAAUUCCUAGAGAAAUUGGAAGAUAAGAAGUUGAAAAUCAAUGAUGAUCUUACCCUUGAAGUACGCACCCUCAGCGAAGAAGAAGAAACUGCCUUCCUCGAAAAGGCCGUUGAAAACAUGAAGAAUCGUCGCAAUCAUUUCAACCAAAAGAAAGGUGGUUUCAAUCGCAAACGUCGUGGUGGCCACAAUGAUCGCAAUGAUGAAAAGAAAGCCAAGGCCAGCGAUGAAUAAAUGUGCAAAUGCAACACAUGCCAAAGGGCGGCAGCAGUGGUGGCGAUGUUUAUAUUUAUUUUCCUCCCUUUAGUUAGAUCUUAUUUACAUAUAUAUAUAUAUUAUAUACAAACAACACAUACCCAUAGAUAUAUAACAAACCAUUAUUACAUUAAGUAAUAUACCUAUAUAGUUUGUUGUUUUCAACUUCUCUCCAGUUCUCUUUUGAACUCUCUUAAAUCAUAUGUAACUAUAAAAUUAUGUUGUAUGAAUUUUGGCUCAUGCUAAGAAAGAAUGAUUUAAAGUUGUAUAAAACGAUUAUAUCUAUAACAAA